GUUCGACACGGAAUUUUAUUUGAUCGUGUUGGACGACGAUCGCCGAGUGGAAGACGUUUUGGGUAAUAUCAAAAUGACGCAAACUUUCAAUCCGUACGCGAUGUGCUUGAUUUACUUGGAAACCGAUGCCGAAGAUAAGGAGGAUCGCGUUAGAGAUAUUCUCGAGAUGUUUUUUAGAGCCCGGUUUCGAUCGACUGCUGUUUUGGUACACGAAAAUCAGAGUUUAUUUAAUUUGUUUACUUUUAAUUUUACGCCUUUCGUUAAGGAGACUUGCGAGGCGCCUAAUACUUUGAAUUUGGUCGAUCGGUGUGUACGUGGAAAAAUGUUGAACAAUUCCAAGACUUAUUUCGAAAAAAUACACAUCACGGAUUUUUCUAAUUGCAGUUUGAAUAUUGUGACGAAACCGUAUCCUCCGUUCGUUAUAAACGAUAAACGCGGCUUCGAAAUCGAUUUACUUAAAAUAAUUGGUGAAAAUUUGAACGUCCGUUUCCGUAUAAACGUACACGAAGACGAAAACUGGCGGGAAUCAACGAAUAACACACGAGAAGGUUUAAUAAAUUACGUCCUUGAAAAGAAAUACCUCGGAAUAGGAAACAUCGGUAUUGGAAAUAUACUAGAUAACGAAUUGGAAUUUUCUUAUAGUUACCAUUUAGAACCGAUAGUAUUCGUCGUACCCAUAGCACGAGAUAUACCAAGAUGGCGGAUACUGACAGUUAUAUUUACGACGCAGAUGUGGGGGAUAUGCAUAGCAACAAUCGUAGUUUUCGGUUGCGGUUUCUGUUUAAAUAAAAAACACGAAAAUUAUAAAAAUCCAUUUUUAACGUCGUUUCAAAUAAGUAUAACGCAACCGGUACAUGUAUUCCCAAAAAACGAUAUAAAUAGAAUACUAUUCGCAGCACUUAGUGUUUUAAGUAUAAUGUUAACUUCAGCCUAUACUUGUACUUUGAUAAAAGAUCUGAAAAAUCCCAUGAAAGAACAUCAAAUAUCCAAAAACAAAGAAAUACUACAAUUAUCCGAAACUUUACGGUACAAAUUCGGCGGUGAAUCGAUUUACAAACAACUAUUCGAUAAAGAAAUAAUCGAAACUAAUUAUCAAACGAUGUCUGGCGUGAAUGAUACUACGAAAUAUUGGAUAAAAGAAGUAGCAGAAAAAAAAAUUCUAUGGACUUUGUCGAGUGCACAUUAUGUUAGAUAUUUAAUAGCUAUAAACAGUGACGUUACAAAUGAAGGUGACGACCAACCGAAAGUAUACGUUGCCAAAUUUCAUUUCAGUUCGUACCCUUUGAGUAUAGUAGCUAGAAAAGGACAUUUCAUGCUCAAUUCCAUCAAUGAAGUUUUAAAAAAAAUGCUCGUCAGUGGAUUAGUCGAUUUUUCGUGGAGGAAAUACGAAAGAAAAAUACUAGAAGAAGAAUCUCGCGAUUCACGUAUAGAUACGGUUCCUUGUGAACCUUUAUCUAUACAACAUUUACAAGGAGCUUUCGUCGUACUUGUUUUUGGGUAUAUUUUCGGCGUAUUGAUGCUUGUAGUCGAAGUGUUUAUCAAAAAAAUAAAGCUUCACAACAAGAUUGUCGGUAUAAGAAAAAGUAUAAUCAAGAAAAUCCUCAAAAAAAAUAAAUAGAACGUAUAGAAGAGUCAAAAUGUUUCUUAAAUCAUUUAUAAUUGUCGACCAGUUGGCAACGUUGUAAAUAAAGUGUCUGUACAAUCUCCAUAGGCGUAACAUAGUAUUAUGUUUAUUUAAAAAAAUAAAUUUAGUAAUACGUUAAAACAUGUGACAAAAAUAAACUAUUAACAAAAAACUUGAUAUUCCUUAUUCGAAAUUGUCUUCAACAUGUAUCAUAACUACUUCUUGAAAUCUAUUUAAUCAGUUAUUUGUUGAUGAUGACAUGCUGUCACAGAGUUUUCGAUGUUUUUGAACAUGCUGUCUACUUCCAUAUAACCCAAUAUAUUGUGAUUACUUGAAAGUCACUUUAAAUAAUGCUUUUAACUUUGUUUUUAAUUUUUUUCAUUGCUGUACCUAAUUAAAUAUAAGAUAAUAUCAUUAUUUAUUCAUAAAAACGUACUAUUUUAGUUUAUACAUAAAUAAAUAGAUUUUUUAAUUUACUAAGUAUAUACAAUUUAUUUAUAUAUUAAGAUUAAAUCUUCUUAAUCUAUAAAAAAACAACAUUGUAUUUGCAUAAACCGAUUUUCUAUAGAAAUUAAAAACGCACGCCACUGAAUUCUGAGUAAUCAUCCAAUAAACACACGUGUUCGUCUCAUCUCAGCUGACGCGAUGUAUCAACUCAUCAACGAACACCUGCAACCUAAUAAUUUUGCUUGUAACAUUUUUAAGCGGGAAUAACACACUAAUAUAUACAGAUUUUCAUCAUUACAAUGUAGUAAAAUGUUUUUAAUUUGAAAUCGACGAAUCAAUCUAUUUUACGUCAAAUGACGUGACGUUUCCGGAAUCCAUAUAAUAAAUAUUUCCGUUUCCGUGUGUAGUCCGUCUCAACUUGUAUAUAAAUGUCAUUAUUUACCUUUUUAUAAUUCUUGAUAAAAAGUUCAAUAAACAAUUAUGUUUAAGAAAAAGAUUUUUGUUAAAUAAAACGUAGAACUGAAAUAUUAUUAUUACGUCAUGUGUCAUUGAAAUAACUAAAUGACUCAUAUGAAUUCAUAAAAAAGAAAACUGAUUUAUUGUUAAUGCACACAAUUAUUCAUAAAAUAGAAUUAGGAAGAUUUAUUUUUUCCUUAAAUUGAUCUUCACAAUCAACUGUAUAUAUAAUCCUGUAAAGUAUAUUAUGCCAUAGGUGCUUGUAUUGUGUGUUGCAUUACUAGUAGGUCUGGUAAUCUCUUUUUUUAUGCUACAAUGUCAUUCGCAUAGAACGCAAAGUAUGUUUGAUAUUUGCAAUACGAUAACAGUACUAAUAAUAAAUAUUUAAAAAUGAUUAUUUCAAACAAAUAAAACUACUCAAAGUCGAA